CCCGCACAGAGCUAUCGGCCGGGCUAAAGCAGGUGCCGGCUCCAACGUGGACAUGAACAACCUCAGAAAUAUGGUGUUCCUCUGGGGUCUGUUGCUGCUCUGCCUGUCUGCUCUGCACAGUCACCUAAGGUUUUCUUCGGCACAUGCCAUUGAGCAAAAGCGUCUCUUCUUAGACAAAGAUGGGGUGCUGAAGGACGUGAAAAGUGUUGGAGUUGUACAGUCUGCUCUGCUGGGAGCCGUCCCAACCCUGCUGAAUGCAGAGCUGAUAGAUUUUACCUAUGACAGCUUCGAGCAGACUGACGGACCCAUGUUACCUUUCACCACCACCCCGCCAGGCACGAGGAAUGACUGGAACUCAGAAGAUGAAGCCAUAGCUGGGGCUGUGGGCUGUCAUGAACAGCAACCAUCUGGGGAAAUUGCCUCUUCUGAAGAGGAAGGAGAGGCUGAAGAUAAAAGCUGUAAGAUGACUUGGAAGAAGAGCCAGAGGCUAGCAGAUGGCUUGAUGAGAUUCAGCAUCGAUCUCCUGAAAGAGGUCCAGCUGGAGUCCAACGGAACCAAUGUGAUCCUCUCACCCCUCAGCAUCGCCCUUGCCUUGUCUCACCUGGCACUGGGAGCAGCAGAUCAGACAGAGAAGCAUUUGCUGGAGGCGAUGCAUCUGGAGUCAGUGCCCUGUCUCCACCACAUGUUGGGCACCUUUUGCAGAAGGCUCGCAGAAUCCACCCUCAGCCUUGCGUCGCAGCUGUACCUGCAGAACGGAUUUGAGGUGAAAGAGAAGUUCCUGGAGGAUUCAGAGAAAUUCUACAGGGCAAAGCCCAUGACUCUUUCUGGGAUCAGUGAAGAUGACCUCGUAGCCAUAAACAAGUGGGUAAAGGAAGCAACUAAUGGGCAAAUACCCACCUUCCUACAGCAGCUCCCUGAAAACACAGUGAUGCUCUUGCUCAAUGCAAUCCAUUUCCAAGGGUUUUGGAGGAAUAAGUUUGAUGCUAGCUUCACUGAGCCAGAUGUAUUCCACCUUGACAAUGAGUUCGUGGUCCCAGUUGAGAUGAUGAAAGCCCAGAAGUACUCCCUGAGCUGGUUUACACUGGAGUCCCAGGACAUUCAGGUGGCCAAGUUCCCCUUUAAGAGUAACAUGAGUUUUGUGGUCAUUGUACCAAACCAGUAUACUUGGAAUACCUCUCAUGUGCUGGAGAACUUCCCUUACAAACAACUGUGCAGGCUUUUCCCCAGAGAGGUACCCACCACAGUGAAGAUCCCCAAAAUAAAACUGGGCUACCAGCUGGAACUCAACAAGGUUCUCAGUCAAAUGGGCCUCCAGGAGCUGUUCAUAAGCCCAAAUCUCCGGAAGAUCACAGAUGAGCCUCUCUUCGUAUCCAGUAUACAGCAUCAGUCUACACUGGAGCUUAAAGAAGAUGGGGUGGAAGCAUCUGCUGCUACCAGCAUCGCGGUUUCACGCUCGGUCUCUGCCUUCAGCCUUGACCGGCCCUUUGUCUUCAUUAUCUUUGAAGAUGAAACAGGCAUACCACUUUUUAUAGGUAGUGUCCAGAACCCUAACCCCAGUGCUGCUCCACAGAUAAAAAAGUCAUGGAACUCAGUUCCUGUGAACAUGUCUCCCUCAAAGUGUUCCUCUGAAAACCAUCUGUACUCACCUAGAAAAUGACCUCUAGAUCAACUGGACUAGUAACCAGUUGUCUUCUCUAGGAUGCAUCACAGCCAUUUCCAGGCACAGGCUCUUUUCAAAAAUUCCCUUUUCCCACUCCUUGGCUAUUGGGAUCUGAUGUGGAAGGGCCUGCAGUGGGAAACCCCUUUGGAUCCUUAUCUCCAGCCCUUUUCCUGGGAAACUCUGGGUUCUUGGGUAAUGCUAGAUUUUUCGAGACAUAUUUUGUAAGGUGUUUUUUAGUAAUUUUUAUGUUGGCAGAAUAAUAAAGAGU